AUGAGUUUGCCUCACAGAAUAUACGUAAUCCAUGACGUCCUCGCAACGAUUUUCGACAUCCUUGAAGACGACAGGGUCUCACUAUACUGCUGCUCCCUAGUCUGCCACGAAUUUUCAAAUGCAGCGUCCCGAGUGUUGUACAGGCGUGUGACGUGGUCGCCCGCUCCCCAGUCUACACUCGAUCUGCGCAGGAAAAACGAGUUCGCGGAUGGUAUUCUAUAUGCCGCCUGCCUGCCCCACAAUGCCGAUAAGGUGCUCCACCUAGAGAUAAGCGGCUGCCUCUCGCCACGUCCUGCGUCGCUCGGUACCUUUGCAACUCACUUACCCACGGCCAUACGGCUUUGGCGCAACUUGAACACCAUUGUGCUCGCCCCGAAGCAGUACCACAAGGAUGUCUUUAUUGGUGUUUUCCCCCUUCUGCGUAGCUGCGCAUUCUUGCGAAGCUUAACCAUAAAUGCAUCGUGUAUCACGGAUGAUUACGCGCCUGUUGUGGCAACAGUGGAGGACCUAGAGUGUCUCAGCAUCUUGAAUCCGACUCGUGCAAUCCUUCAGCUUUUGCCCGACUGGCUUGGCAUCCUGUCAAGAACUCUUCGGCGACUCUCGCUCAGGGACAACUGCGGAUCGGUUACGCCGGGCGUAUUGAGGUCUUGUGUACCUCAUCUUACCCAGAUCCAAGCGUUGGCGCUCGGCCUAUCAUACUCAUUAGGAAAUGACGAUGUUUUUGCCUUCGUGCAGGGUCUGCCGAACCUCAAGGAUCUAGACCUGCGCUACUACCUUCAAUUUCGAACCCCAUCCAUAGCUCCUCGCUUGCAUCAUUUGCGCACUCUGGUCGUGCGGCACAAUACAGUCGAUACAGUCGAGGAUGUCGCCUAUCUCUGUAAAUGGAUCCGGCGCAUUGUGACUCACGCGCGCCUCGCGGAAAUUCGUCUCAUCUGCGAGGAAGAGAAUAGUGGCGCGAGCGUGAAAUUCGAUGGUCUCUUGGCACACCUUUCGCAGAUACAUGCCCAGACCCUCCGCGUUGUCCGUCUGGACGCAGCAUUUGUCGGGAUGGCUGCCUUACGCGCACUCUGUGCAACGUGUGUGGAGCUGGAGGAACUCGCGGUCGCAAUAUCGGGUAAUGCUGUUACCGAGUUACCCGAGAUCCUUUCCUCCUUAGGCGAGCUCCGUACACUUCGCGUGGAAGCGCGUAAUGUCGAGCGUGGCCAUCGCCUCAUGAGUAAAGAGAAGGUUGCCGAAUUCAUGGUGAGAGGACCACCCCAGCUGCGGCGACUAUCUGUCUAUGGUAAAAUUUGGCAGGGUCGCUGGGUAUGUGACGACAAACACGAGACCGCGUUUGUCGCAGAGGAGGCCGAAAAGUGGCAAGUUCGGAGCUGGGAACAGGGUUACAACCCCUGA